AUGAGCCGCAUCUUCUCAUUAGACUCUCUCUGCAUUCUACUUGACACGAAGAUCUUGAUCUUCGCCAGACCUCGCAUUUGGGGAUAUCUUUCUCCUGAUGGGUGGUUUCAUCGUCGCCUCUCAGGACAGUGGAAGCUGCCAACACACGCGACCAUGCCACCUCCGAGCGGUGCGGCCUCCUACAAAAAGAAGGAUGGCACCCUAGCUAUAUCUGCAGAUGAGCGGUCGGUCUCAUGGAGUCCGACCGUCGCAGAUGCAGCGAAACCAGUUACAAUCACUGUCGCCAAUAUAACUAACCUGCAACAGACCCCCGCCAGCAAUCCCAAAGUCAUGCUCAAGAUAUUUGCCCAGGCCUCAGAUGCGGCCCCCGGUAGUGCUCCCGAGUCAUACACUUUCCAGUUCACAGCCGGUGCAAAUGCCCGAGCCCAGGCCGACACAAUCAAAGAUACGCUCAGUGCACGAGUCAACACGGCCAAGUCAGCCACGCCCUCCCAGACGCCGGCGCCUAGUGGGGCACCCGAAGGUCUAUCGGCGGCAAUGGCGAUCGCGAAUGCCGUCACGUCUGCCGGAACAUCUACAAAUCCUCUAGAUGAAGAGAAGAAGCUGCGCGGGGACGUAGAACUGCAGCAGUCGCUGCUGCGGUCAGACUCAAAUCUACAAAAGAUGUUUUUCGAGGGUCUGCACACCAAACCGGAGGCUUUGACGUCUGGAGCAUUCGUGUCCCAGUUCUGGUCAACCCGACUCCACCUCCUGCGUGCCCAUGCCAUUGAGCAGGGUCAGAUCCGUGGCUCAUACAAUGUUCUGUCAUCACUGAAGCCUCGCGUGGAAGACAACGUGACACGGUUGAACAUCAGUAAAGAGCAGAUCCAACUCAUUUUCAUGCAGCAUCCUCUGGUGAAGCGCGUGUAUGACGAGAACGUGCCGAAACUGAGCGAGCAGCAAUUCUGGUCCCGGUUCUUCCAGAGCAGGCUUUUUAAGAAACUGCGCGGAGAGCGUAUAUCCGAGGCCGAUGCGACUGAUGCCGUGUUGGACAAAUACCUCCGGAAUGACGAGGGCACUCGACCGGGCAGGGACUCGAAUGUUCACAGCUUUUUGGAUUUAGCCGGAAACGAAGGGAAUCAUAGUCAGCGUCGUGGAAACAGACCAGAUCUAGACAUGAGACCCUCUGGCGUGGACAAGGUGCCCAUCAUUCGAACGUUGAACAGUCUCAGUGAGAAGAUUAUGGCGAAUGUUGCACCGUCCGACGGCGAUCUGAGUGCCCCGAUAGGCCUCAAUGAGGAGGACUGGAAAAAGCUCCAGUUGCAGGAUCUUCGCGGGGACGAGGAGCAAAAUCGCAUCACUCUGAACAUUCGUGACCAAAGUCGAUUCUUCACCCACGGCCAAGAGAGUGAUCAGGCCAAGCAAAUCGCGCAGAAAGACCCGGAUCAGCUUUUACAAACACUUCGUGCCGAGAUCUCCGAAAGCCUACCGUCGCAUGGCAACACACAGCUGGGCAAGCUGGUCGACCCUGGAGACGACGAAGACGAAGAGAUGGAGGAUGCACCUGCCAGCCGUCGGCCCGUCGGAUCAUCCGUUGCCCUGCACGAUGCAUUCAACCAAAUCCUUACGGCCGUGCGCGACCGCCGUGCUCAAAUCAACGAGAAAACGAUAUCAGAGACACAUGGCCUUUCAACGGCGCUCUUCGACCGAUUGACUUUGACGCAUGCCACUACCACUGAAUUCCUGCACCAGUUCUGGCAGGCAUUCCUUUCCGGGGAUCCGGAUCGUGCUGGCGAGGUCGCAUCUCUCGCCGAGUCUCUCCAGCGAGCAACCGAGCGGAUUAAGGCCGUUGCAAAUGACGCCGAGGCAGAUCGCAAGCUCGAGGUUGACCGACUCAAGAAACAUGCUCGUGAAGUGUAUGAGAGCACUGGGCGAAAGCUGCGAGUCAACCUGGAGGGUGUGGAAGGUGGAGAGAAGGUUGUGAAUCAACUUUUAGGACCAACGCUUCAUGCUUUGGAAGUCGCAUCAAGUCGAUACCACACAGAGCUGAGUAAACAGAACCAGGAAGCUGCUGCGCUGGCUGCUUAA